GCAACGUCAAAUAUAAGCCCUUUAACAUUGACCUCUGACUCUACCACAUCACCAUCGAUUCUUGUAACCUCAACCAAGGAAACAGCAAAGGUCACUACACAACCUGAAACAACUACAAAACAUGGAACAUUGAGGACAAACCCCACAAGAACUUCUCAACCUGCAACAGCAACCACAAACCUUUUUCCAUUGAUGACAAAGAGUACAACAUUGAUGACGGACUCUGCAUCAUCAAACACAAGACUUGGAACAUCAACCACAAUCACUGGAUUGCUCAGUAUCUACCAACCCACAUCGACCGAUAUCCCUCAGACAUCAACCACAAACCCUACAACACUGACCCUAAGCUCUACCACACUGGCAGAGAGCCCAACUGUAGCAGUCUCUGAUGCUAUGACAUCUGAAUCAAGUUCUGUAAAAUCAACUAAAACAACUGGAAUGUUCACGACAAGCUUUGCAACAGGAACUACAAAUCCUGAAUCAUCAGCCACAAACCCCAUGACCACAGUGACACUACCUAAAAUAUCAACCACAGCCUCUGUAUCAUCAAUAACAAGCCCUGUAACAUCAACGGCAAAGCUUGAAACAUUGACCACAAAUUCUGCAACACUGACUAUAAACCCUGUAACACCAACCUCUCUCCCAGACACAUCCAUAUUAAGUCCUGUAACAUCAUCUACAAUGUUCAUGACAAAGUCUGCAACAUUGAGUACCAACACUGAAAUGGUGACCACAAACCGUAUGUCAACAUCUCUCAAGAACACUCCUACUUUCUCUACAAACAUUGCAACAGUGACUGAAAUCCCGACAACACAGACUAGGAACCCAGCAACACUGACCCAAAGGCCGACAACACCUACCAUAAGCCAAACUGUAUUAGUCUCUGAUGACGUGACAUCCCAAUCAAGUCUUGCAACAUCAACUAUCAAAUUUCCAUCAUCAACUACAAACUCUGAUAUAGUGACUUCAAUCCCUGAAAUAUCAACAACAAACUUCCAAACGCAAACAGCAGAAACUAAAAUAUCAACCCGAGACUUAGCAGUAUCAACAACAAGUCCUGUAACCUCAGCCAGAAUGUCUUCAGCAUUAAUCACAAACACUGCUACCUUGAGCACAGAACCUACAAUGUCAGCAUCCUCAGCGAACCCCAUUACACCAAUGACAAUACCUGUUACAGCAACCACAGACUCUUCAGCACAAACCAUCAGUGAUGCUCCAUUAUACAUAAGUCCUACAUUGACUACAAGCCUUGCAAUGACUUCCAAAAGCCAUAAAAUGUCCACCACAAUGCUUGCAACAGUGACCCAGACCCCAGCAGAGGGACCACAGUUAUUGCUGGAAUUUAGACUGGAUCUGGAGUUUGCAACGGUCCUCACAGAUUCCUCCUCAACACAGUACAUACAUUUGAAAAAUCAAGUUGAAGAGCAGCUGGAUUCCAUCUAUAAAAAGCAGUAUGGGGACACAUUUGAUCACACUGAGGUCCAGCGUUUUAGGCAAGGAUCAGUGAUUGUGGACGCUGUGCUGGUGUUCAAUAACAUAAACACUGUCCCUGGAACCAGCGAUGUGGCAACGACCUUAAAAAACGCUGCCUCCUCAGACUCUGGCUUAAAUCUCCCUAUAGACCCCGCUAGCAUAGUGGUUUCAGGUAAGACAUUACAAUUAAACAUUUACAAUGAAUUUCAAUUGAAUGCAACAUUUGAUUCUGCUGUACUAUAACAUCUGGUUACUUGCAGUGGCUACUCAGACUACUGCAGAAGCUACAACACCUACGGUAACUACAGAACAUGGCCUCCAGACUACGGAACACUCAAGUCAGACUGCGCAAACAACUGUGGGACAAGCUGGUCAGACUGCAUCAGCAACUGCAGGAGCCACUACAACGUCAAAUAUAAGCCCUUUAACAUUGACCUCUGACUCUACCACAUCACCAUCGAUUCUUGUAACCUCAACCAAGGAAACAGCAAAGGUCACUACACAACCUGAAACAACUACAAAACAUGGAACAUUGAGGACAAACCCCACAAGAACCUCUCAACCUGCAACAGCAACCACAAACCUUUUUCC